ACUAAGAAUGGUUACGUUCAGUAUUGAUGGAUGGCAGCCGUUUUUUUAGUUUGAUUAUAUAUAACAAAGCGAUUGAAUAUCUGUCUACACGGAAACUCAAGCUCAUGCUAUGCCAGUGAUAUAAGUGAUUGGAUGGCCAAGGUUGCUUGCUGGCUCAUGAGUUUCCUUCCUAGCCAUAAUCCAAUCCAUUGAGAUUGAAAUGGAAGAGAACGACGUGGUAAAGACGGUGGGCGUAGGAGUGAUUUCAUGGACGUUAGCAUUUGUGAUGGCAAGAAGGAUCUUUUGCAAGUACUCGUUCGAGUUCAGCAACCGCCUUGUCUCUACAGCGCAUGCAACUUUAGCUGUAACAUUAGCUUCACUCUCUGUUCAGGACUGGAAAUGUCCACUCUGCCCUAUGGCUUCAACGUCAACCCCAGCGCAGAUGCAAACUCUAGCAGUAAGUCUUUCGUAUCUCAUAUAUGAUGUAGUAUGCUGCUUGUUCGGGGGAAGAGUCGGUCUGGACAACACCGUCCAUCAUUUGAUCAGCAUUGCUGGAAUCACUGCUGGUCUCUACUAUCAAAAGUGUGGAUCAGAGAUGGUGGGAGCUCUUUGGGUGACGGAAAUGUCAAGCCCUUUCCUGCAUUUGAGGGAGGCUUUGAAGGAGCUGGGUUACAGGGAUACUGCUGUUAAUUUGGCUGCUGACAUUUUGUUUGCUUCCAUAUUUACAGUUGCAAGGAUGGUGGCGGGUCCUUAUAUCACUUACGUGACUCUAUCUGCCAACAACCCGCCGAUGAUAAAGGCCAUGGGAUUGGGUUUGCAGCUGGUGAGUGCCUUCUGGUUCUUGAAGAUUGUAAGAAUGAUGAAAUACAAAUUAAAGAAGAGGACGAUGACAAAGCAUGGCAUUAACCAUGCCAGCAAACUGGAGUGAGACGGCCAGUUAUGGAUUUCUGUAUUCAUGAUUUGAGGGCGGCCAUUUGUUAAUUUUCAUUCAGAAAGAGAAUGCCUAGUAUAAAACCCACUCAAAUGCCAUAAAACGGCCCAAUUGGCCAUUUCAACUUGUCCUUUGUAAUGUGGCACGUGAUGGAUGAUUUUUCUCCAAGUAUAAUAUUUCUGGACUGUGCGCACAAAUAUAAUA